GACAGCGGUGAUUGGGGGGGGGGAUGUUUAAGACGUCGCGGAGACCAUGAUGGGUGGUUGCUUUCCUUUUCGAAGCCAGAGAGGCUAAAGAGUGACAAAACCAGGGCAACCAAUUGAAAAUGUCAUCCUAUUUGUCUCAGGAGGCUCACCUUGCUAGAAGGCAUGAAGAGAUACUGUCUCAGAGAUCAGAGCUGCUACAGCAGAUGGAGACUUAUCUAGGAGACAAAAAGACUAAAAAGACAUGGCAAACUCAAGCAGCUUAUGCAGCUCGUAAAAGGAAUGCAGCACUUUUAAAUGAUAUAGAAGCAGCAGAAAAAAAGCUGCAAGAAAGAGUAUAUUUACUUCCACAUCCUGAUACUGUUAAGUUAGAAACUCUCUAUUGGGCAUCAAUAAAAGAAUCUCUUCCCAAGUGGGAACAGUUUCUUUUAGGAAGAGCAGAAGUUCCUAUUGGUUUUAAGAAAAUGAAAACUACAAAACAGAACAUAAGCUACCCAGAAGAAGAUUCACAAAAAUAAAUGUUCUAGUUUCAUUUUGGUUUAUAAUUUAUGGCUGAAGCAGACAAGGUCAUCCAGAUCAGGCCACUGAAUAUCAUGCCAUUAAAUUGCAAUGUAAU